AUGUCUUUAUCUAUUACCAAUCCAAAGAACUUUGAUGAGUGGAUCAAGGUCACCCAGGAGUUGACCCAAAUCAUGAUUGAUGAGAAGGCCUUGGUGGACACGAGUCGUUUCCCAUACACCAGAGACAAUUCAAUUGAUAACGAUGUAAUGCUCAAAGUACUCGUCGUUGGAUUGGUCUCAAAUAUCCCUGGUGUCGGUUCACCAUUCGGUGUUGUCAUCGAUGCCAUAUGGUCAAAUGCCCAAGCCCAAGGUAGUGCCCCAGCCUUGCUCUAUGAUGGCUUCCGCAUAAUCACCAAGAACAUGAUCAAUGAAGCACUGGAGAACGAUGAUCUUGAGGACUGCACAGCAGAGAUCAACAAGAUUACGACCGCCAUGACCGACUUCUUCCCCGUGUACAACAAGUGGCUUCUCAAACCACACAAGAAGGGACUGCGUGACUCUUGCAAGGCCCAUUUUGCCACCGUCGAGUUUGCCACCAACAGCAUUAUCCAAAGGGAUGGCUCUGCUCUCCGCAAGCCAACCUAUGGAGUGACCGAGCUGGGCAUGUUCACCGUGGCUGCCACCACAGAGAUCCUUCUUCUCAAGGAGGUUAUCAAAAAUGGCAAGGCCUGGGGCUACACCAACAUCGAUAUGAAGGGCUUCAAGGAUAAGUUAGCCGCGUACCCACGCGACUUCAUGGACUAUGCAAUCAGGACUUACAAACAUGGUGUACAGUUGAUCAAAGAUCGAACCGCCGAGAACGGACUGCCAGGAUGGAUGGCCUUCAACAAGGUGCUCAAGUUCCGAUCAUACUGCGCUCGUUUCGUCUUUGACUACAUGGAUCUAUGGUCACUCUCCGACUCCAAGUUGUUCCCCGAGGGUACUUCCUACAUGAACCCACGCUAUUGCUUCCACGAGUUGGUUGGAGCGCCAGUGCUUGAGAAUCGUGAUGUAUCAAUAGGUGACAGCGAUUACUACAAGACUCUGUCAUAUGAUGCUUUGGAAAGUUGGUUCAACGAUUCAAACAGAGACCAGUUCCAGAAAGAGCUCAAGCAGAUCAUGAUCACAAUCGACCCCCAGCACCCUCCCGGUUUCCUCAAGUCCAUCCAGACCACGUACCGCGAUCCCGCCUACCCCAACUCAGAGAGAGUAGAGACUGAAGUUGGAGCCGAUCCAGUGCCAAACAAGUCCAAUGUCUACAAAUUCCUGCCUCAUGCCGCCACCGAGUCUUUCUCCUAUGGCUUUGGUGUUGUGCCUCGCCAGCUAGGAUUCAGCACCAAAACAGUGAUCAGCACUACGUUCCCAACCACAAGUCUAGACCUCGGUGUUACCUGGCACGAUGGAGAAUAUUAUGACUUUUAUGCCCAUCCCACCAAUAACCAAGAUCCAAACUUGAAUGCUUAUGGAGUCCCUGCCACCAUCCCCAACCACAAGCUUGGAGUGAUCGCUGGCCACACGACAAACUGGGAAAUAGUCACCAACUACUACAAGUCCGAACCAUUCCAGAACCCUAAUAUCAUUAGAGAUGGUGUAAUUGAUGCCGUUCUAGUUGGAAUGGUUCCAUCCAACACAUUCAAUGAGAACUACAUCAUGCCCAAGGUGUGUACGAUGAUCGCUGUUUCCAAGCUGGCCAGCAAGUCUGGUGCUGUAUUUGCUCGUGACCAUCUGAUGCCAACUGUGCACUCAAUGCGUGUUCCCGAUGGAUCGUCCAUUAGCUUCAGGUUCCAGCCAUUCGAGGACACCACCAGGGCAUUCAUGCUUGGUGUGCGUUACUUCACCACUGCCCUAACUGGCACAGUCAAGCUCGAGGUACUCAACAAUAGCAAGAAAGCUGGUGAGCUUCUUGGUGACUUUGAGUUGGAACAAUGCUCAAUGUCGAGUGACAAGUCCAUCCCCUACUACAACACACUCCAGGACAAGACCAUCAUGAUCACCUUGAAGCCCAGAGCCACAGCUUUUGCAGACUUGGCUUUAUACUCGUUCAAGGCUGUUGGAGGUGAGGUCUAUGUCAAUGCCAUUGCCUUCUGGCCAGCUCCCACACAGCCACCUGCAGUGCCCAAGCCACCCACUGGAAAGACUGCACCAACCACAAAGGAGGUACCUUCUGCCUAA